AUGUUAGGGUCAGCCCUCAUCUACCUCAGGGGCCCUAAAUUCCUGAUCUACGUCAGUGGGGCACUGUCCAUGUGGGGUGACCGUAUGUGGCACUUUGCCAUUUCGGUGUUCCUGAUCGAGCUGUAUGGACGUAACCUGCUGCUGACCGCAAUAUUCGGCUUGGUGGUGGCGGGGUCAGUGCUGCUGUUAGGGGCGUUGAUUGGGGACUGGGUUGACCGCAACCCCAGGAACAAAGUGGCGCAUGCAUCCUUGUUGGUUCAGAACAUUUCAGUGACGGUGUGUAGCAUUGUGCUGAUGUUGGUCUUCUUAUAUAAACAGUGGAUUGAGAGCAUUUGGGAUGGCUGGUUAACUGUGGUUUGUUAUACGGUGGUGAUCGUCCUGGCAGAUGUGGCUAACCUAGCAAGCACAGCGCUGACCAUCGCCAUCCAGAGGGACUGGAUUGUGGUUAUCACUGGAUACAACCGGGGGCACCUCGCUGGGAUGAAUGCUACCAUGCGGCGCAUCGAUCAGGUGACCAACAUCCUGGCACCGCUGGCGGUGGGACAGGUCAUGACCCUGGCCUCCAACGUGAUCGGCUGCGGUUUCAUCCUGGGCUGGAACCUGGUGUCCCUCAUCGUGGAGUUUAUCUUUCUGUCCCGGGUCUACCGCAUUGUUCCGGCGCUGUCCGUCAAACCACCUGCGCCCGAGGACGGCCAGGCCUCCCUGGAGAGACCAGCAGAGAGGACGGAGGGACUGGUGGAGAGGGGGGGGUCACAAGUAGAGCAUAGUGAGGUGGUGACAUCAGCCCCGGGCCUCAGUGAUGACGACAUGAGCCUGAACCUCAAGGAGAUCACCAACCUGCCUCUGUGUUUUGGACGCUUCCGCUGGCUGCUGAGCACCUGUAAGGACGGCUGGAGGGCCUACUACCGCCAGGAUGUCUUCCUGGCUGGGAUGGGCCUGGCCUUCCUCUACACAACCGUCCUGGGCUUCGACUGCAUCACCACGGGCUACGCCUACACCCAGGGCAUCAGUGGCUCCCUGCUCAGUCUGCUGAUGGGGGUCUCGGCUAUAACAGGCCUCAUGGGCACCAUCAUGUUCACCAAGCUGAGGAAGGCUUACGGUUUAGUCAACACAGGCAUCAUCUCCAGCUGUCUCCAUCUUUGCUGUCUGCUGCUGUGUGUGUGUUCUGUGUUCGCCCCCGGCAGCCCCAUGGACCUCCGCAUGCUCAGGCCCAUCCUGGACGCCAACGCCAACUCAACGUUGUCGGCGGCCGGGGGGAUGGUGGAGGGCCAGAGGCAGAAACACACCUACCCGAUGCGGGGUGGCAUUAAUCAGCCGCUGCUGCCCGACCGCUCGUCCAUCCACUGGACCAACAACACGGUGCUGUUUGAGAAUAUGCCAUCAGGCAUGGAGCCAGACUCCUACAUCUCUAUAAUCCUGCUGUUCUUGGGGGUCAUCACAGCACGCAUCGGUCUGUGGUCCUUUGACCUGACCGUGACCCAGCUGCUUCAGGAGAACAUCUGUGAGUCAGAACGUGGUGUGGUCAACGGGGUCCAGAGCUCCAUGAACUACUUGAUGGACCUUCUCCACUUCAUCAUGGUCAUCUCUGCUCCACAGCCCCAGCACUUUGGCAUCCUGGUCAUCAUCUCUGUACUGUUCAUCACCACAGGACACACAAUGUACUUCCUAUACGCACGCAAAGCCAAGAGGAAACCUGCUGGAUGCCUGGACACGUAGGGAGGCCGUGCGGCUUUCCGGGACAAAGCAUGUGCCCAAAGACUCCACUCUGCCUGCGCCUGCCUGUGAAAUGAAUGUAUGUUCUCUCUUGUUCCCUCUGCGCUCUCAUUGCUAGGCAACAAUACAAAACCGUAACACUCCUUCCCCACCAUCCAGCCAUUCAUUCAUUACAGCACAACACAGCAAGUGUCUGUCGUGUCCUCCCCAACCUGGUUGCUAUCUCCCUGCAUGGUCAGGUGUAGUACGGCCAAGUGCUAAGGUACAGUAACAAACUAGAACUCAGGUUAACUAAAGUAAGAUCCACCUUUUCCCUUCUGUACAUAGGUUGAGGUGGUCGCAACAGAUGCGGUGUUGGUUCCCUGCCGUGGUAGGUUCUCCCACCUUAGUGUUGGUCCCCUACCGUGGUAGGUUCUCCCACCUUAGUGUUGGUACCCUACCGUGGUAGGUUCUCCCACCUUAGUGUUGGUCCCCUACCGUGGUAGAUUCUCCCACCUUAGUGUUGGUCCCCUACCGUGGUAGGUUCUCCCACCUUAGUGUUGGUCCCCUACCGUGGUAGGUUCUCCCACCUUAGUGUUGGUCCCCUACCGUGGUAGGUUCUCCCACCUUAGUGUUGGUACCCUACCGUGGUAGGUUCUCCCACCUUAGUGUUGGUCCCCUACCGUGGUAGGUUCUCCCACCUUAGUGUUGGUCCCCUAC